GUUGCCUUGUAAUUAACCUUUUAUGCUCUCUGAAGACAAUUUGCUGAUAAGCAGGAUGAAAUUUGAAAGAUGAGAUCAUUGAGCACUGGAGUGAACUUUAUAGUGUUAAAGGAGUGGCUUGGAUCAAACUUUGUCCCUGGUGUGCCACCUUAUCAGUCUACAGUAAACCAUGCAGCUAAUGGUUUAUCUAUUAAACUCCAGGAAACGCUGUGAGCAAACAGUGCGCCACCAGCUGAGAUAUGUGACUGCCCCUCAUCCGCUGAAGCACCUGUCUAUGUCCACGUUGCUAUGGGCCACCCGGUAUCUAAACAGCCACAAGUCCAGGUUCUGCUCCUCGGUCUGGAUAAUGCUGGGAAGUCCACUCUCCUCUACAAAAUGAAGCACAAGGCGAGCGUCACCACCGUCCCGACCAUUGGCUUCAACGUGGCGACGCUGGAAGCCCGAAAGAACAGGAAGAACUUCAACGUGACCUUAUGGGACGUGGGCGGUCAGAGGAAGAUGCGCGAACACUGGCCGAAUUAUUACCAGAACACUGCCGCUCUCGUGUUCGUGCUGGACGCGUCGGACCGGGGUCGUCUGGAGGAGGCGCGCAGGGAGCUGGAGAAAGCCAUGAGGAGCGAUCAGUUGCGCGGCUGCCCUCUGAUCCUUCUGGCUAACAAACAGGACGCGAGCGGCGCGCUGACUGUCACAGAACUGAAGGACAAGUUCCACAUGAGGAAGAUGUGUUCCGGUCGAGAUUGGUUCGUUCAGCCGUGCUCUGCGUCCACGGGAUUCGGAGUGGAGGAGGCUUAUAGGAGGGUGGUGCAGAUGGUCCGGCUCCCCUCCGAGGAUGUGAAGGACAACAUCAAAGAAACAGUGCUCUACCUCCGCUCCAACACCAGACAAUGAGUCGGAUUUAUUUUAUUUAUAGGAAAUGUCAUUUUUAAUAUUUCAAAUGCAUUUUUGAAUUUACUUUGUUAAUAGAUUUCCACUCUCUUAAAAUAAAUAAUGUCGCUUCAAAUCUGAGAUCUUGUUGAAUCCAGGUAAAGUUUCUUUCUGCUGUAAAAGAGCUGAUAUAUUCAUGCAAGUUAAAAAUAAAACACGCAGCUGACCAAAGGG